GAGACUAGCUCUGAAGUGUCCGUGCCAUGACGUCCAGCAUGGCUUCAGGGACUGACCAGAAGGAGCUGCAGAGAAUCUCGUCAGAGCUGCAAAGUCUGACGGUCCACAGAGAUCAGCUCAUCAACAGACUGCACCUACUGGACAUGCUGAAGGAGUUCCGGCAGAAAGCAGGAUACCAUGUGGAAGCAGGUAAUCCUGGCGGGGAAAAAUCGACUGACGAGUACGAGAAGAUCGAGCAGGAACUCAAGCAGCUUUCUGAAAGGAAAUUAGAGCUGCAGGCUUUACUAGAGAAGCUGGAGGGAGGCGUAUCAUGUGACACUUUAACUAUCACGCAGAAAGACGAGCUGAGCAGUGAUGAGAUAUUUACUGUGGAGAGACCGCCGUCCUAUCCAGCUCCUCAGGUGAUUACAGACAUGAACAAUCUCCCACGACAUUCAUCACAGAUCCUGUGUCCUCACUGUCAACAGUACGUCACGACAGAGGUCAGAACAGUGAUCGGGAACACCACCUGGCUCGUGUGUCUGGCCUGCAGUUUCCUGUGCUGCAUCGCCGGCUGCUGCCUCCUCCCCUUCUGCAUCAGCAGCUUCAAAGACGUGCAGCACAAAUGCCCCAAGUGUCGCAGCCUCUUACACACCUGCACCAACAUGUAAGGAACAGGAAGACUAAUAAAAAAAACGAGUCUGCUGCAUGACCGGCUGCAUGGAGGUGUGUAUGUGUGUGUGUGUGUGUGUGUGCGCUCCAUGAAAAAGAAACACUGUGGAUCAAACUGAUCCGUGGUGAAGGGAACGAAACAGACGUUUUAAUGACACAGAGGGAUAUAUGUACAGUAACAAUAUCUACAAUGUUAAGCUCAUUUUUUUACACUGGCACAUGAUAGAAAAAAAGAAUAAAUAUUUUUUAUGUGCAGAAAAGAAAAGCGACAAAAUGAAUAAGCAAAGCUAACACUGAAAAUGGAGUACCCUAGGUUCCAGUAUACACUAGCGCUUGUGCGAUCGGAGAUGGAUGCAUUACAACAGGGCUGGGUGGUGGUGGUGGUGGUGGUGGGUCUCUAUAAUAAGGAUGAAACCUGUCUCAGAUCCCACUGUAGAACCUUCUGGACUUUCACUCAGUGCCUCAGUUUUCAGGAAGCCAUUUCAAGCCAUUCAUCUCCUGACUAUAAAUUAUUCCACAGCUUUACUCUGGUCUGAAAAGAAUUCAGAGCAUUUUUUAGAACCGUAUUGUUUGUCUUUUUGUACUUUCUGUGUGAUGAAGACACUCUGUCUCUCUGUCCUUGCACUUCCUGUUGAAACGAGAUCGUUGUUGAUCUUUGUGGUUAAAAGCAUGAUGUAACGGUCAAAGGGAAUGUGUGAAUAAGCCGAUGAAUAAUGCAGCACCUAAAUUAACAGUUUUGCUCAUAAGUUUACACACCCCUUGGUGGAAUGGUAAACAAACCGUGUUGUGUUUUUGUACAUAGCAUUUCUUUAUUUAUU